GAUGCAUAGGAAUGGCAAACUACAUUUCAACCGUCAUAAAAAGUUUUGCUGUUGCCUCUUCGACUGUACUUUUUCGGUUUUUAUACCAAAAUUACCAGUUGAGUCUAUAAUCUCGAAUUACUGAUAUACCAUGGCUGUUCCCACCGGCAAAUUUGUUAGCGUCGGCCAAGAUCCUAACGGUGCCGCCUUUUUCACCAGUGUUGGAUAUACUGAGCAAGUGGCUUCUGACAUUAACAACUCGAAGAACGAGGUCACUCUGAAAAAGGAAGGCGACGAAUAUGUAAUGACUGUUGCCCAGCCGGAUCUGAACCGUCAGCAGGACUUGCGCUUUAAGCUUGGCCAGGAACAAACUCAAACUUUGCCUAGCGGAAAAACUGUUAAGAGCACCACAAACUGGAACGAUGGAGCAAAAACUCUGGAAGGCAGAUAUACCAACAGCGAUGGAUUGACGUGGUCGGUGAAUUUGAUUUUUAAGAACGACAACGAAAUGACCUUGAAACGCGACAGUCCAUCGGUUCACAACUCUUCCCUGGAAUUCCGACGUGCUUAAACUUUUGAAACUUGUUUAAUAUAAAACGUUUUCUGGUAAACUGAUAGCGUUGGUUUUUAGUUAUUAGUGGAAUGAGAUGACAUAAUUUGUUCUUCUUUAUACAAGCUUUUCUUUACAGACCACCUCUUGUCAGGGAUGCAGUGAUUAUUGAGUAAUUGCCGAAUGAUUUUGCUUUACAAUAAAAAAAUGAGCGUCUUUUCGAAA